CACCACAAAUACAAAACAUUUCAAUACACAAACACACACAUUUUGGAUUUAGUUUUAACACCAACUGCAAGAGAGAAUGACGAAAGAGUCCACUACCAUUGACGUCGGCGAGCCGAGCACCGUGACCAAAAGUUCAAGCCAUGUCGUAGUGGACGCGAAGAAGAAGAAGGGCUUUGUGGCAGCCGCCGCAGGAGGUGGCUACAAGAGAGGUUUGGCCAUAUUCGAUUUCCUCCUCCGUUUGGCGGCCAUAGGAAUCACCAUCGCCGCAUCCUCUCUCAUGUUCACCGCCGAGGAGACUCUUCCCUUCUUUACUCAGUUCCUGCAGUUCCAAGCCGGUUACGAUGACGAUCCCACAUUUCAGUUCUUUGUGAUAGCCACAGCCAUAGUCGCCGGCUAUCUCCUCCUUUCACUUCCCUUCUCCAUCGUAACUAUUGUCCGUCCACAAGCUGUCGCGCCCCGGCUCAUCCUCCUCAUCUCCGAUACCGUGGUCGUGACGCUCAACACAGCAGCAGCGGCUGCGGCAGCAGCAAUUGUCUACCUCGCACAUAACGGCAAUGCAAACACCAAUUGGCUCCCCAUUUGUCAGCAGUUUGGAGACUUUUGCCAGGCCGUGAGUACCGCAGUUGUAGCCGCUUCUAUCGCGGUUUCUUUCUUCAUUCUUCUCAUUGUCAUCUCAGCCAUUUCCCUAAAAAGGCAUUGAUUUGAUAUUUUCCGCGUGUCAAGAUUGGAAUGGAUCUUUCUUCAUGUAUAUGUUUGUGGCUUGUGCUUUGUGUAACAUGAGAUGAUAUGUAUAUGGUCUCAUUAUGGUGUGGACAAUGUAACUGGAGUUUUAUAUGUUUCAAGUGGAAUUUGUCUUGGUUCAGCUUAAAA